AAAGAAGAAGAAGUAGAAGACUCCUUCGGUUUCUCUCACCGAUCCACCGGCGGCGCUGAAUGCUGUUUGUGUGAUUCACCGGGAAACUGGGUUCUGCUCCUCACUAACUGAACUUCCUUAUCGCAGUGUGUGGGCUCACCAUGUGGAGGAAGGCUUCAGCAGCGGCCCUGCUGGCGUUGGCCGUUGGUUACUUCUACCACGGCAGCCCGGACCUGCCGGAGCACAUUCUGCAGUAUGUCGGCCUGCCCAGCUUUCGGGCGUCACCGCAGAGUCAAGUCAGCCUGGAGCAGGUGAUCUCUGCCGCCUGGGACGCUCUGAUCACGCUGCCGACCCGCCAGUGGAGCAAAGUGGCAGUAGGGGUGAACGCCUGUGUGGACGUGGUCGUCUCGGGAGUCGGGCUGCUGCAGGCCAUGGCGGUGGAUCCCGGCGCCGGCCAGGAUCACGAAGUGCUGCACUCCAAAGAGGACUUGAAGGAGUCCUUCAUCCACUACAUGGAGCGGGGGGCGGCUGCCGAGCGCUUCUUCAGCGACCCCGAGGCCUUCGGGAGGAUCGCGCGCGCAGCAGCCGAGUUCCCCGGUGCCAAGCUGUAUGUGGGAGGGAAUGCUGCUCUCAUCGGUCAGAAGCUCGCCAGCUACCCCGAUCUAAUGGUGUUGUUAUGCGGGCCGGUUGGUCCCAAACUUCACGAGAUGCUGGACGAGCAGAUCGUCGUCCCCCCAGAGUCUCUGCAGGAGACGGACGAAUUUCACCUCAUCCUGGAGUACAAAGCAGGGGAAAAGUGGGGUUCGACCCAGGCACCUCAAGCCAACCGCUUCAUCUUCUCUCACGACGUGUCCAACGGGGCGAUGAGCUCACUGGAGACGUUCGUGGCGAGCCUGGACGAGUUUGAGCCGGACCUGGUGGUCCUGUCGGGGCUCCACAUGAUGGAGGGUCAGGGCAGAGAGCUGUGGGAGGAGCGGCUGAAAGAGGCCGUGUCAGCCAUAUCCGACAUUCGUAAAGACAUUCCCAUCCACUUGGAGCUGGCCAGCAUGACGGACAAAGACUACAUGAACAGCAUCAUGCAAGAGCAGGUCAUGCCCAUUGUCAGCUCCAUCGGGCUGAACGAGCAGGAGCUGCUGUUCCUCUCGCAGGCCGGCGAGGGCCCCCACUCGGAGCUGGCGGCCUGGAAAGGCGUCCCGGACGUGGGCCGGGUCAGCGACAUCCUGCUCUGGAUCCUGGAGCAGCACGGCCGCAGCGAGCCCUCGUCCGAGGCCGACCUGACUCGCAUCCACUUCCACACGCUGGCCUACCACAUCCUGGCCACGGUGGACGGGUACUGGGGGAACCAGGCGGCGGCGGUGAUGGCGGGGGCGCGGGUGGCCAGCACUCAGGCCUGCGGCCUCCGGUCCGUCGACCCGGGCAAAGUGGAGGUCAAGGCGCCGCUGGAGUUUCACAGCUCGCACGGCGAGCCGCGGGAGAAGCUGACGCUGAACCCCGCGGAGCCCGUGACCGCCUGGCGCCGAGGAAACGUCACCUUCCACCUGACGGUGGUGCUGGUGUGCAAACAGCCUCUCCGGACAGUGGGGCUCGGCGACGCCAUCUCCGCGGAGGGACUAGUUUAUUCCGAGCGAAAGACCCAGCAGCCCUUUUGAGGGGGUUCUGCUGAAUGGGACGCUCCGUUCGCGCGAGGGGAAGUCGGCGGUCGUUGGGUCAGAGUUCUCAUUCAGGCCUCCAUGAGUCUGUGUCUUCCCUCCCGAAAGCUCCAUGCUGAGUUUUAAGAAUGUGAAUCCGGGGCGAUUGGGUUUAGGUCCUGCCCGGCGGCUCCCGUCUCCUCGGGUUCUCCCUCGUCGGGUCCUCCGGCGGACGCAGGAAGCUGAGGCGGGACUUGACCUGUGACCCGGGCGGCGAGGUCGGCCUGACUCUAUGCACCUCAAGGCCAUCUUCUCCAACUCCAAAGAGUUUCCUUGGCCCUCCUAAUUUACUCCAACCAUAUCUUUAUAUCUUAAGUAUACUGUGCCUUGAGAAAAUAAAGUCAUUUCAAAGUUAGAAUAUUUUUCCUAUUUCAGAACCACCAAACUUAAAAUUAAGCUUUAUAUUGUAGAAUUAAAGUAUUUUUGGUGUUCUGUGUUCUCUAAACGCGAUGUACCUGUACCUGGGUCUGGACACAGUUUGUGUUUUCUCAGCUUUUUGGCGUAUGCACUCCCACUAUGAAGAUGUUUGUAACCUUGCUUAUGAUUCCCAGAUACAGUGUCCGUAAAAUAGCUUUUUGUCAAGGAAGGAAAUUCUACAUUUAUAAAUGCAAACCUCGUUUUGGAUAAGAUCCUCCUUUAUGCAGUAAGAGCAGAUUAGUAUCGGGUUGGGUAAUUUAAAGUUAAAAGUCAUCGUCAUUGCAGUAAGUUAAAGGUCAACAAUGAUUUGCAAAUGCGGCAUAUGUAACCUUUGUUACUUUACUAGUUUUUUUUCUUCACUGUUGCGUUGAAGUUACUUUUCACUUGUCGCUUUCCCUCACUUAUAAACUGUGACUAUGUGAAGUAAUUGACCAGAAUCUCUUAAAAACUCUUAAAAAGCUUCCCGACUCGUACAUAUGGGUACGUUAUGUGUUGGUUUAUUUUUUUAUUUUUCAUUGAGCUUACUUAGAAACACGCUAGAUAGACCGUCAGAGCCACUGAGGGCCUGCAAUAAUUCUUGGAAACAUGCAACUAAGCGCUUGGUGGCAUUUUGUUGAGCAGAAUAAAUUCUUUGCACUAGUAGUAAGGUGCAGGUGUGCCUGCAAGGGUGAAUGUAACCCUAACUCCAAACCCCCCCCUCCACCUCUUUUUCUUUUUAGCAGCUACAAUCUAUUCAACUUUACUCAUUUGAUUGUUUUUUAACAUUUGUAACUGAUCACCCAUUUGAUUUGCUUGUGUCAUUAAAAUAUGUUCGGAGGUAA